AUGGCAUUUCCAGUGCAAGUUCAAUACUCCCUGCCUGCAGGAGUCGUUGAUCAUCUUCAAUUUCAUAAUUUGUAUCAGUGGUCCAUGCACUAUUGGACAAAUACGCCUCUGGCUAUAAGAACGAGUUUCUUCACCAAUUUGGAAACCCAACAGCCAGCUUCUUUGAAACAGACGGUGAGAUAUGAGGAGAACAACUGGCUCUUCAAAGGAAGGCUUCUUUGGUUGAAUUACCUGAGACCUGGCAUAAAGAGAGGGAACUUCUCAGACGAUGAAGAAGAACUCAUUAUCAGGCUCCACAAGCUUUUAGGCAACAGAUGAUCUCUAAUAGCAGGAAGACUUCCAGGGCGAACAGAUAAUGAAAUAAAGAAUUACUGGAACACCAUUUUAGCUAAGAGGGCACAAGAGUUGCAAUUGACCCUGCCUAAACUUGAGAAGAAACAACCUCCAUCUCCAGGGACAAUACCAAAACUGAUGUGUCAAAGCAUUCAAACACCUGCAGGCACGACAGCGACUCAGCAACAAGAUGUUCAACUAGUUAAUGUGGCAAUGGGACCAUUAUUAGAAAAUGCGCAGCUGUGUGAGUUGGACUAUCUGAAGGAUUUUAAUGUGGAAGAAUUUGGUCAGAUUCUUGAUUCAGACUACUUGACAAAGGCAAGUGGUGCGAAUGAUAAUAACAUGAAAGAAGAAGAAAUGGAUGGGAUUAAUAAGAGUGGAGCAGCAGAGUUUCCUGCAGUGAAAUUUGAGGGCAAUGGAUGUGUUGAAACUGAUUUCAUGUCACAGCUGGUUUCCUUUCUUGAUUCAGAUGUGGAAUGGCCACCGACAACAUCAAUCACUAACAUAUAUGGUUCCGGAGAGAGAUCUCCAGAACAUGUGACUAGUUUAUGAUUUCAAUCAUAAGAAUAAGAAUUUGGCUCACUUAUCAUUAUUGCACGUGGGGCAAUUCUCGAGAAACACGCUCACCUAAACUAGAAGUUUAAACUCAGAUUCAGAAUGUAUUUAGUUUGAAUUAUAGUCGGUUAAAUUUAUUUAUAAGU